ACGCCCGAGCGUAGCGUUCCCCUCUCCCCCCUUUUUUUGUCCCGUUCACCCUCUGCCUCUCUCUCUUUCGCCUUUCUUUCCUUGCGGCGACGAGUGGGCGAGCGCCGCCGCCCUUCGCCAGGUCUUCGCCGGCGACGAGCACCCUCACCAGGAAGCCACAUGUCGUCAAAUGCUGUUGUUGGUUUGGCUCUGUGUGUAUGCUAGGUUAGAUAACUUAGGAUCUCGUUGUUCUUGAGUCUUGACGAAAUUCUUGGCUCAAGGAGCAAGAUGAGUAGAAAAAUACAUGGUGAACAUGACUCUCAGAGAAUCACUAGUGAAGGGACUGCUGCCCGCACAAGACCUCUGAGCAUUCAGGACAUUAUGUUGCGGCGUGAAAAGAAGGCUGCAUCAGAAGCUAAGAAAACCAAGGAAGAGCUCCAAGAAAAUGACAAGGGUACAUCUAAUCACUUGGAACAAGGAAGAGGUUACAAACUUAGAAAGGAUUUGAAAGAUAUGCCUGUGGAGGGUUCAAAAAAGAAGAUUAGAGAUACAUCAAGGGAGGAAUCCAAGAAAGAAAACCUGAGAGUUAUACCAAGGGAAGGCUCUAGAAAGGAUGACACGAGAUAUACACCAAAGGAGGUCUCCAAGAAGGACAACUCUAAAGAUAGGCCAAAAGGUUGUUACAAGAUGGAUGGCCUGAAAGAUACACCAAAGGCCUCGGAGAAGGAAGACCUGAGAGAUGCACUAAAGAGGGGCUCCAUGAAAGAGAGGCCCUCCAUAGGAGAUGAGUAUCGUUCAGUUGGCAAAGAUAAAGGCAUUGGUAGUUCUCAGAAACGUACCACAAGCAUGAGUAGCCGAGCUGAUGAAAGCAAAGAUAGAAACCUUGGUGAAAUCAGAGCAAGAAAUGGUGAUGUCACGAGAUCUGAAUAUCAGAAAGGACCUGGGAAAAGAGGGAAUGAUGAAACCGUUGACAAUGAUAGAAUUAAGGAUAAGAGUGAGAAGCUUCGAAAUGAGACAAAGAGGAAAAACCGUAGUUUUGAUAAUGAGAAGAGUUCAGAGGUUGAUCGACCAAUGUCAAAGAAACAGGACUCUGCAUGGUUCCAAGGUUCCAAACAUUCUGACAGAAAUGAUGGAAGAAAUGAGUAUGCAAAACCAUACCACGGAGAGCCAAGGUUGAAAAGGAGAAGGUCUAGAAGCAGGGAUCGUGAUCGAGAGAGACAUGGCAGGUCUAUCUCCCCACCGCCAAGGGAACAAAGACAUAACUACCAUGGACAUGAUUUGGGCAAUUAUCGUCCAUACUACUCAAUGGAGAAAUCAAGGAGGAAGUAUGCUGAAGUUGACAAACAAAGAUCAUCUGGGAGUGGUGGAUACAGUGGCGGGUCACACCAGAGAUAUGAAAGUCGGCUUGGUGGAUACUCACCAAGGAAAAGGAAAACAGCACCGCAAGCUGAGCAGGCAACUACCAAGACUCCUCCACCGGUCAUUCAAUCCCCAGAAAAGAAAUCAGCCACAUGGGAUCAACCUCCUGUGAAAGCAAGCCAAUUUAAAUUCCCUACUACUUUGCAGUCAACUGUUGGCCAGAUGACUCCAUCUACUCCAAAGGACCCUUCAACUAAAGUUGAGACAAUAUUGGCAGGGAAUAGUUUGUCUGCAGAUUCUGUCCAGCUUACACAAGCAACCCGUCCACUCAGGAGGUUGCACAUUGAAAAUUUACCUGAUUCAGCAACAGAGGAUAGGUUGAUUGACUGCUUGAAUGACUUCUUGUUGUCUACCGGUGUUAAAUACACCCAGCGGUCUAAACCAUGCCUCAGUUGUACGAUAAACAAGGAAAAACGUCAGGCAUUUGCUGAAUUUCUUACACCAGAGGAUGCUACAGCAGCUCUUUCUUUUGAUGGAAGGUCUCUAAAUGGAUCUGCUUUGAGAAUUCGACGCCCCAAAGAAUAUGUUGAAAUGGUGAAUGUAGCUCCUAAGAAGCCUGCUGAAGAGACUGGGUUAAUAUCUGACGUAGUUGCAGAUUCACCAUACAAGAUUUUCAUAGCGGGGAUUGCUGGAAUGAUCUCAUCCGAGAUGCUAAUGGAGAUUGUUAGUGCAUUUGGCCCAUUGGCUGCAUACCGCUUUCUUUUUAAUGAUGAGCUUGGUGGGCCUUGUGCAUUUCUUGAGUAUGCCGAUCGCUCCAUUACAUCCAAGGCAUGUGCUGGCCUCAAUGGGAUGAAGCUUGGUGGAUGUGUACUGACUGCUGUCCACGUGUUUCCCGAUCCUCCUGUGGAGGCUGCUAAUGAGGCCUCCCCGUUUUAUGGUAUCCCUGACAAUGCCAAAUCACUUCUUGAAGAACCAACUAAGGUCCUGCAACUAAAAGAUGUGUUUGAUGAUGAAGAGUAUGUGCUACUGUCGAAAUCAGAGCUGGAAGAGACAUUGGAAGAUGUACGUAUCGAAUGUGCAAGGUUUGGAGCCGUCAAGUCAGUAAAUGUGGUUGAAUAUGCUGCUCGUAGUGACAACACUGCAGAGGAUAACAUAGUUGAGCUGGAAGACAGGCCAGUCAAGAUUGAGUGCCCUGGAUUUGGUGAUAUUGAAAACACUGCAAAGGCUGGAUCAGAAUGUUCUAUGCCGAAUCAGAGCAUAGAUAUUCUCAAUCAUUCUGACGCUACAGAAACUAAAGAUAGAGAUCUUAUUCCAGAGAGUCAGGAUCAGAAGGACAAACACAUCCCAUCAAAUGCAGCACAUUGUGAGAGUGAAGCACCUGUAGCAGAUGGGCACACAGACAUAGAUGGCACUCAGACUAGAGCUGCUCUCCCCAUAUCGCAACAUUCUGAAACUGAUCAUACAGAAGCAGCUGCAGAUGAGAAUAAACAUACAGCAGUGGAGGCCACCACUACCGCAAAGGAUGAUGAUGCAGUAGAAAAGAGACAUCAAGACCCGAGAACAUCAGAGAUCUGUAGUCCCGCUGAGCCUGGAGACGAAAUGGAGAAACCUGGAAGGGACUGUGAACAAGAUGCUGAUGAUGUGACUGAAGAUCAUGCAGAAAAAGUACCUGCUGUUGAGACCAGUGACACUGCUUUCGUGUUUGAACCUGGUUCUGUGCUUGUGGAGUUCAUGCGGAAGGAGGCUGCAUGCAUGGCUGCACAUUCGUUACAUGGACGGCGUUUCGGCAGCAGAACCGUGUAUGCUGGAUAUGCUCCAUAUGAUCUCUACUUGCAGAAAUACCCAAGGUGAUUCUGCGUUUGAGACUGCCGCGGCUCUGACUAGCGAUUAGAUGAGCUUUACGUAUGUGCCAACAGUUGUAGAGACUCGUAGUUUUUGAGCCUUUAGAUGUUCAGUCAGGAAUGUGGUACUAUUAGUAGAAUGAAAUAUGGGACAUUGCUAUUCCACAGUAGAAUGAAAUAUUUGGUGAAUAAUAGGAUACUGGAUACCAAAUUAUCGAUACAAGUGAGAUCCUUAAGCAUCGCUCUUAGAUUGGCGUUUGUAUUUUUCCUUCUUAAGUUGAUGUUUAUUUUUUUUUC